CUUGUUUCUAUGUCUCUCCUUGUUUUGGUAAACCACUUUUGGUAACCAGAAAGGGAAAAAUAUCACUUCUCUUCAUUCUUCUAAAGUCACAAAAUCUGCACCAAAAGAAACCUAACCAUAUCUAAUUCUUGCAUUGAGUUCUGUAUUUCUCAUUGUAAGAGUAAAAGAGGAAGAAGAAAGAGUAAAAUGAAGAGGUCUUCUGCUUCAUCUUGCUCUUCUUCUUCUUCUUCUUCUUCUUCUCCAUCCUCUUCUUCGUCUUCUGCUUGUUCUGCUUCGUCUUCUUGCUUAGAUUCAGUAUCUCCUCCUAAUCACCAUCAAUUACGAUCAGAGAAAUCAAAAUCCAAACGCAUUCGAAAAAUUCAAACCAAGCAAGAUAAAUGUCAGACUACAGCUACUACCACCAGUCCAAGCGGCGGCGGUAGGAGAAGCUCCAUUUACAGAGGAGUCACCCGGCAUAGAUGGACUGGAAGGUUUGAAGCUCAUCUUUGGGAUAAGAGUUCUUGGAAUAACAUUCAAAACAAGAAAGGAAGGCAAGGGGCUUACGACAAUGAGGAAGCAGCUGCUCAUACCUAUGAUCUUGCUGCUCUCAAGUACUGGGGACAAGACACCACUUUGAAUUUUCCGAUAGAAACAUACUCAAAGGAGCUUGAAGAGAUGCAAAAGAUGAGCAAGGAAGAGUACUUAGCAUCUCUUCGACGGAGAAGCAGUGGAUUUUCAAGAGGAGUUUCUAAGUACCGGGGAGUAGCUAGGCAUCAUCACAAUGGCCGGUGGGAAGCUCGAAUUGGCCGGGUUUUUGGCAAUAAGUAUCUCUACCUCGGAACUUACAAUACACAAGAAGAGGCAGCAGCAGCAUAUGAUAUGGCAGCAAUAGAGUACAGAGGAGCAAAUGCAGUAACCAAUUUUGAUGUCAGCCAUUACAUAGACCGUUUGAAGAAGAAAGGCAUUCCUUUAGAUAAAAUCCUACCAGAAACACUUUCUAAAGGCUCAAAAGAGUCAGAAGAAAUCGAGCGAACCUCACCCUUACCGUUGCCAUCACCACCAUCACCAUCAAUAACACCAUUACACGAAGAAAUAGUCUCACCACAGCUGCUUGAAACUGAAUGCCCACAACAUCCUCCAUGUAUGGAUACUUGUACUAUGAUCGUUAUGGACCCUAUAGAAGAGCACGAGCUUACUUGGAGCUUCUGUCUCGAUUCGGGGUUAGUUCCGCUCCCUGUGCCUGACCUACCACUAGCAAAUGGCUGUGAGUUACCAGACUUGUUGGAUGACACAGGCUUUGAAGACAAUAUUGACUUGAUAUUUGAUGCUUGUUGCUUCGGAAAUGAUGCCAACCCUGCAGAUGAGAAUGGGAAAGAGAGGUUGUCUUCCGCUUCAACUUCUCCAUCUUGUUCCACAACAUUAACUUCUGUUUCUUGUAACUAUUCUGUUUGAGUGGAGGGUUGAUGUUUGUCUUGACUUUAGAGUUUGUUUUUGGGAAAAGAAAGAUUAUAUAAUUCCAAAUUUUCUUUUUUAAGC